ACACUCUUCCCCCACUUAACAAACACCCACACUUCUAAAGCAAUCAAGAGAGAGAAGCUACUGAAGAGCUCUACCGCCGGUGAUAAUGGCCGCCGCCGACGACGACAAUACAUUACUCAUCUCGAAUCUCUACAGCCCUGGAGUUUAUACCCAAAUACUCCCCCAACAAGGUGCGGCGGAGGGAAAUAAGCCGACGAAGCGGAGGCGGCGGAGGAGCAAAGCGAAGGAGGCGGCUGGGGCGGCGGGGUUGAAGAAGAGGAAGCUGAGUACAGAGCAAGUGAAACUUUUAGAGAUGAAUUUUGGGGAUGAACACAAAUUGGAAUCGGAGAGGAAAGAUCGGUUGGCUUCUGAAUUGGGACUUGAUCCACGACAAGUCGCCGUCUGGUUUCAGAACCGCCGUGCACGGUGGAAGAACAAGAAGCUCGAAGAGGAAUAUUCCACUCUCAAAAAAGCUCAUGAUUCCAUUAUUCUCCAAAAUUCCCACCUUGAAUAUGAGAUGACCAAAUUGAGCGAGCAAUUGAGAGAGGCGAAGAACGAGAUCCAACGGUUGGUAGAAGGAAGCGAGAAGAUUUGGAGCAAUAGCCCGACGUCAUCGGAGACGAUGGAUGCCGUGCCGCCGCCGGCACCGUCGUGGGGAGAGCUGUUCUUGGGAGAAUAUGAAGAUGUAUUCUAUUGCAUGCAACAGCAACACGGCAAUUACAGUCAAGGAAUGGAGUGGCUUAAUCUUUAUAUGUAAAUUAAUUAACCUAAUUAUGUUGACUAAUUAGUGUUUAAUUUGUACAUUAGCGAUACAUUUAAUGUAAUCUACAUUUUCCAGAACUAAUUGUGUUAUUAU